CCGAUCAGCGCGCUGGUCGACGAGCGCUGUGCUCAGUGGGAGAAGGAUCAAGAGAAUGAGCUGCAGACAUGUAAAACACCAAGAUGGAAUAACAUAAAUGGAAUUUAAUAUUAUGACCACAAUCAAUAUCAAGUGGCCUAGCGGAUCACCGGUUAAUAGCAAAUCAAAUAAGCCGAUGUAAACAAAGGCCAGGAGAUUCAAAGGAUCGAAUGCUGGAGGAAAUCGGGGUGCCCCAGAUCCACAUCACUGGGGACUAAUUCCACCGAACUCCCGGUGACUCCCAGACCAAACUCCAGAGACCAUUGACUUAUUUGGACCGAAUGCGUCACCAACUUCGCCAGCUUCCCUUCCCAGGUGUCCAAAGUCUUCAUGCCAGGUGCCGCCUUUGGCUCAAACGGAUUCAUGCCCAGAGCCUCCCCCAUCUGUCGCCGCUUCGUGCGGCGCGUCGACCGUUCGGCCGAGAUGGUGCGGCGCUUCGUGCGCUCGCACCGACGAUUAGGUGACCAAGACAUGAGGAGCGAACUUCCAGAGGAGGAUGACUUUGUCCUGGUGGACCUGUCCUGGAACUUCUUUGGUCAUGAGGGGCUCUCAUUGAUUACCAGCUUCUGCCAGCGACAGUGGAAGCUGCAAAUCCUGAAGCUUCACCACUGUCACAUCAAGGAUGACUGUGCUGAGGUGCUCGGAGGCCUUUUGAUGAAGAACCCCCUUCUUGAUGAGUUGCAUUUGUCUCACAACUCCAUUGCAGCCAGUGGUGCCCUCUAUCUCGUGCGAGCAGUGGAACGGGGCCGUGCGUUGCACCAGAGUCCCUUGUGGCUGCGCUUGGAACAUAACCGUAUUGAAGGCGCCAAAGAUCUCCUUUAUGACCUGCAGCAGCAGGGCAGCGUGUGUGGCUUCCAUCCGAGAAGAUGCAACGCUCGGAGCUGUGGUGAGAACCGCAAGAUCCACCUCCCAUACUUCACGCACCAAGACGGCCAAAGCGCCCGCCCGACCUCGCCCGACCGGUCUGAUGUCUCAGACGCCUCGUCCUACGAGCGUGAUCCCUGGUGGGGCCAAAGGAUCGACGACCUCCCGCGGACGCCGCGCCGCACGGACGCCGCGCGGAACCGCAGCCGUUCGGCCGCGGCGCGCCCGUCUUACCGGCGCGCGGAGGCGGAAGGCGGCGGCGGGGUGCGGCCGUGCCUCAGUGUUCGCGAGCUCUUGGCCUGGGAGGAGGAAUUGAUGGCCCGACAGCGUCAGCUGGAUGAGAUGGAGAGGAGGGCCUUGGCACGGCAGGAAGCGACCCAAGCAAGGAGCUUGCAUCGCAGGUGAAAAGAGCUGAGGUUUGGGGUGGGAGAGAGUCAUGAUGAGUCAU